UUUGUUGAUGUGUCAUAUCCUUCUUUCGGGGCGACUCUCUGGGCGAUCAGCUGGUUAAACAAGGAGUUUCAAGUUCACUCCUCUUCUGGUCUGUCUACGCGACAAUAAAAACAAUGGAUCUAAAGAAUUAGGUUUGAAGUACAGAGGGACCAUGGAACAACCAGGUCCUUCCACAGAUCCUCAAAAGAUGGAGGGAUUAGAGGUGAAACCAUUUAUGGACGAGUCUGUGGAUCAGCUGGGCAACGGCUCGGAUGAGAAGGACACUAUAUCUCUGCAUGACAUAGAAAACAGUUUGAAUUCAAAAGAAGAAAUUAACAGGGAAUCAACAACAAACAACAAGCAGGGAGCUCAAAGAUGCUCUCAGGAGAAUUUGGAUGGAGAAGAGCCGGUUUCUAACAAGUCCGACAGCAGUACUGUUUUCUCUGGGAGUGAGAGACCCUCCCCUGUUUCCUCAGAUGGGGUUCCUGUCACUCUGGUAGCGCCUGCCGCCCAUCAAGAUGUUGUGGAAGGUGCUCCACCUGCAGAAACAACUGAGAUCCCAUCGACUAAUCAAACAGCUGACCCAAGCGACGGCAAACAGCCGUCACUGUUGGUCUCUAGAUCAUCCGAGUCGUCGCCCGUUGACAGUGGUGAUUUAUCCGAGAGCCCUUCAUCAUGUUCUGUCCAAAGCUCUUCCAAAAACUCAUUUACCGACUCCUCAACCACCUCUGGGAUCUUUAACGGCCCCUCUACCCCAAGCUCAGACACCGUCAGCUCCUCGCCCGCCUCCAGUCCACAAACUCGGUCCAACGAUUUGCAUUCCUCGUCGAGCCCCUUUGACACCGACUGUAGCAGAAAGCUCAUUUCCCAGAUCCAGCGAACGCUGUCACAGGAGUCGCUGCUGGACGAGCUGGAAUCGGAGUUGUUGAAUUGCCAGCUGGCUGAAGGUGUUGGUGAGGGAAAGAGGAAAGGAAGUCCACCAGUUAAUGGGCUCUCAGCAGACCAGAAGGGCUGCAUGAUGGCCUUUGAGAAGUGCGUCCAGGACAAGUACACAAAACAGGAAAAAGCAAUUCAGAGGUUGCUCGAAGAGAACAAGAGACAUCAAGAGCUGAUCCUGGGCAUCUGCUCAGAGAAAGACAACAUGAGGGAGGAGAUAAAGAAGAGGGCAGAAAUGGAAAAGCAGCACAUCACCACCAUUAAAAAGUUGGAGGGCAGGUUGGAGGAGCUACUGAAAGAGUUGAAGGAUUCACGAGAUACACUGAUCCACCACGAGCAGACAGCUAAGGCUAACCUCCAGCAGAUGCAGAGGGAGAUGACUUGCCGCAUCGAACAGGUAAACAGGAAGUGUGACGAGGCACGCCAAGAAAAGGAGGCCAUGGUGAUGAAAUAUGUGCGGGGAGAGAAGGAGGCGCUCGACCUGAGGAGGGACAAGGAAAGUUUGGAGAAGAGGCUGAGGGAGGCGGUCAAGGAGAUGGACCGCCAGGCUCUCCGUGGAAACCAGCUGGCUCAGGAGAAAGGACGACUGCAGCAGUUAUUCGAUUCUAAGGAAGGCGAGGUCGGCCGAUUGACCCGAGAGGUGGAAAAGUUGAAGGAUGAGAUUAACUCCCAUCUUAUAAAGGUCAAAUGGGCCCAGAACAAACUAAAGAGUGAAGCAGACGCUCACAAGGAAACUAAAGACAAACUAAGAGAAACGACCUCCAAGUUGGCUCAGGCCAAAGAGGAGACUGAGCAGAUCCGCAAAAACUGCCAAGACAUGAUCCGAACUUAUCAGGAAUCAGAAGAGCUCCGAUCAAACGAGCUGGACGCUAAACUACGAGAGACCAAAGGAAAGCUGGAGAAGCACAUACAGGAGCAAACAGACCAAUUAGAGGUGCAACGCCUGAAGGAAAAAGAGCUGGAGGACUUGAAGAAGAGUUACAAAGAAAGCAUGGACGAGCUGGAGACUCUUCGCACUAAGUUAAAGUGCCUGGAGGACGAGCGACCACGAUGGGAAGACGAGCUGACUAACUAUAGGGAGAUCAUCAACCGGCAAAAAGCUGAGAUCGGCCGUCAGAGAGAAAAAGUGGAGGAGGUCACAGCACUUGAGGAGCAACAUCAGCGUGACACGGAUGAAAUCGCGUCUCUCCGUGAGGAAGUCAGCAGCCUGACCGCUCAGAUGGCUGACCUGCAGCGGGAUGUUCAGGGAAGCCGAGAGCGUGAAGCGGAGUUGCUUGGCUUUACCGAGAAACUGAGCAGCAAGAACGCCCAGCUGCAGUCGGAGAGCAACGCGCUGCAGUCCCAGCUGGAUCAGCUCAGCAGCAACUUCACAGAAGUCCAGGCGAGGCUGGAGGAGACGAGCAGGCUGCUCGACGACAAGUCACGACAGCUGAAACGAGAGGAGGCGCUGAGGCAGCAGGAGGUGCAGGGUCUGCAGGAGGAGCGGGGAGCACUGCAGACAGAGGUGAACCAGCUCAAAACCAAGGUAGAGGAGCUCAGGGACGAGCUGGUGACCCAGAAAAGGAAACAAGCUGCCAACAUAAAGGACCUCACAAAACAGCUCAUCCAAGCUCGAAAAAAGCUGGAGCAUGUCGAUAACGGUGGAUGUGACCGGGAUGCCAACAGCAUGGGCAGCCGCUCCAGUUCUUCAGGUUCCUUGAAUGCUCGGCACGGCGGGACCUCUGGUGCAGACGACAGCUCGUCAGCUCCUUCCCCGGUGGUUGCCGACAGCUUCCCAGAGGUCGACAAGACCGUGCUCGUCGAUCGCAUCGUGCGCCUCCAAAAGGCCUUGGCGCGAAAGCAGGAAAAAAUUGAGUUCAUGGAGGAUCACAUCAGGCAGCUGGUGGAGGAGAUCCGCAAAAAAACAAAAAUUAUCCAGAGCUAUGUGCUUAGAGAAGAGUCAGGGGCCCUCUCAUCGGAGGCGUCGGAUAUCAACAAGGCGCACCUCAGCCGCAGGGGGGGGAUCAUGGCCUCGCUGUACACCUCCCACCCGGCGGACAGCGGACUGACCCUGGACCUGUCGCUGGAGAUCAACAGGAAGCUGCAGGCCGUGUUGGAGGACACGCUGCUGAAGAACAUCACUCUGAAGGAGAAUUUACAGACUUUGGGAACUGAGAUUGAAAGGCUCACCAAGCAGCAGAGGGGUCCUGAGGAUGGGGCCAGAAGAAAGUGACAUGAAGAAGCUCUUGAAGACUGCAGCCGUGACUUACUUUCCAAACUCAUGAAGGAACACAGAGCGUCACGAGUGGAAGUGGGGCAUUAGGCGCCUUGAGUUUGCUACCCGUUUGAAGGGAACGUCCAAACCGACUGGACGUGAGACUUCUCUGUCCGUGCUGCUUCAUCUCCAUACACUCCAUCGCACAACAUACCUUCCUCUGCUUCACAGCUGUCUACCCAGGGAACCUUCGGUUUGAAAGUUUGCUGCCUAGAAAAUAACUAAAAAAUAGUCUGAUUUGCCAGUAAAAUGAAGAAAAAUAAAGACUUGUUCCCUGAAGUCCAUCCCCCAAAAAAGCCUAAUGUCCUUUUGAAGGACUGCUGCUUUGGUUAGACCGCACACAGCUCCACGUUCAACGUCUGGCUUUAGGAAACCUCAUGAGCAACAUGUUGUUUUUUCUGCAAAGCACUUGGAGCACGUUUAUUUUCCGGCUGUGUGACACAGGUGCUUGAUUUCAGGGCUCAUCCAUGUCAAAAAUCGCUUCAGCCAAAAGCAAAAACGCCAUCCGCAAGGAAUGAGAGGGUAAAUCCACAGUAAAUAUCUUUAGCAACAUUUGAAUGUAUUUUUUUUUGUUUCCUUUUUAAGUUGCUUGUUUUAUUUUCAGAUUUUUAUUUUUCCGAUAUGAUGUAUUUCUACAUAAAGUUUUCUCUGAUUUUAAUUUUAAAAAAAAAUCUAUUUUUUUCACUGAAAGCUGGCUCUGAAGAAAAAUGUAGUAUGAAGUAAUUAAUUCAUUUAUCCAGUCUGGUAAGGUGGCAUUAUUAGCAUUCUAACAUUUUUUUGCACCAGAUAGAUUUUAUUUUAUUUUUUUACCUUUUUCUUUUUCUUUCUUUUAUUUUGGUAGUGUCAGAAAGUCCAAUAUGUUAAUGAGUUGAAGGAGAUCUGUAGCUCAGGAAACACUGGAGAAAUAUCCAGGGACAAAGUGCAAUUCUGUACUGUUUUAUUUUUUUUAAAGUUUAUUUUGGUUGAGAUUCAUCCAUGUGCCAUUAUUUUGUUUUUACCCUUCUGUUAAAAUAUGAUUGUGCUUUUUCCGACUGUUCUGUUCACUCCUCGCACACAAAAAGCUGCAGCUCUUUAUGAAAAUGACCAUUGAAGGACUUCUGAGCUACAUGACAGACGGUGCUUUUGUCCUUCUGAAUACUUUACUCAGUACAGCAGAAAGAGGUGAUCUAGUAUUCCCCUUCACCGUCUCAGUAACCCGGUUUUACAGUGCAGUCUCACCCCGAGGUUUUGCCAAAAUGACCCUCUACUUGAGGCCAGACUCAUCUUAUAGCCUGCAGGGAUUGCUCAGCAUCUCUGACAUUAAGAGAACCACGUUGCAUUCUUUCGUCCUUCUUCAACUCUCCUUUUGUAGGAAAAACAUAUAUUUUUAAAAAGGGUCACAUGAUGGUCUCAGAGUGUUGUUUUUUCAUUGCAAAAUUAAAACUGAGUUGCUUUUUUGCCAACAUAUUUUCAUGUUGCAUUUUGCAGAAAUGCAGCCCUUGCAUGGGGAAACUCGACCUCUGUAAUCCUCAUGCAUGCUAAAACGGCUCCUUCAGGUUUGUGCUACCUGAAAAGAUUUCCACGGCCUUCAAGCAAAAAGCCAGUCUGCAGCUGAAGAACUUUUAAAUCUAAUGCCUCAGAGUGAAAAUAUGAAGAAAUGAUGUUCAUCGUGUGAACAGCCCGAUCCUGUCAAAAUGAAUUCUGUGGUUUUCCAGCUGUGUAAAGCAUCCUGUUUGCUCAAUGGUGUGAAAUCAUCAAACUGUGAUUUAAUAUACUUGUGUAUAUACAAUAUUCUGUAUUAUAAGAUGUUUUAAGAAGAAACUAUUCCUGAUUUUUGUUUGUACAUAUGGUGGUUCUGGGGAAUAAAAAUCAACAAAUCUUAACUUAAA